CAGUGGCUAACCCAGCUAGCCUGUUGGCUAACGUCCCUGCAGUCUCAGCUCAGCGAAACGGAGUAAGACAGAAGUCUUCUUUGGAGUCCCGGUCGUUUCCAAAGCGGGUUCGACAUGUCCGAGACAUACGAUUUCCUGUUUAAGUUCCUUGUGAUUGGCAGCGCAGGGACUGGGAAAUCCUGCCUCCUCCACCAGUUCAUAGAGAACAAGUUCAAACAAGACUCCAAUCACACCAUCGGUGUGGAAUUCGGAUCCAGGGUGGUCAACGUUGGUGGGAAGACGGUCAAACUGCAGAUCUGGGACACGGCAGGCCAGGAGCGCUUUAGGUCGGUGACACGCAGCUACUACCGUGGAGCAGCCGGCGCCCUUCUCGUCUAUGACAUCACAAGUCGAGAGACCUACAACGCCCUCACUAACUGGCUGACGGACGCCCGGACGCUGGCGAGUCCCAACAUCGUAAUCAUCCUGUGUGGGAACAAGAAGGACCUUGACGCUGACCGUGAGGUCACCUUCCUGGAGGCGUCUCGGUUUGCUCAGGAGAAUGAGCUGAUGUUUUUGGAGACGAGUGCUUUAACAGGAGAGAACGUGGAAGAGGCAUUCCUUAAAUGUGCCCGCACAAUUCUCAACAAAAUAGAGUCUGGUGAACUGGACCCUGAGCGGAUGGGCUCUGGUAUCCAGUACGGGGACGCAUCCCUCAGGCAGCUGAGACAGCCCCGAGGCUCUGCUGCGCAGACCAAACAGCAGUGCAACUGCUAGGGGCUGGUCCUUCCCCUUCCACGCCCACACAGCCCACCUCCCCUGCUCUAGCUCUGCUCCAGGCGUCUCUGGGUCUGCAGGCUUAUUCUUCCCUUCCACCCUCCAUUGCGACCCUCCACUCCCAGAUACAUCUGGAUCUUCCUUACAACAUCGGGCCGCUGUUCUGGGACCAGUGUCCCUGACAAAAGUGGGUAGGGCUAGGAGGCGUUCCUGGGGCUAGGUGAUGAGGGAGACUGCAGUGAUGGUGUCCUGGGGGCAGUGGGCCCCGUAGGGGAUCUUUCAGAAUUAACCUUACCCUACGAUUCUCAUGUGUACAUACACCAACACUCGUGUAAGCAGCCACAAACCCUUUACUUGUGCCCUAGGGAACCUAAGAGAGACAUGGAUGAUAACAUUCUGUAUAUUUCAUCUAUAACGCGUUUAAGGAAGGUUAAAAUUCAUUGAAAUUCUUUGUUUGAGUCCCCAAGCGAAACUACCAAGUUGACGUUUGGCAAGGCUUCUGCCCAGCCUAUUAAACAUGCUAAGCAAACAGGCAGACUGGUUUGAGCUGGUCUAAUCUGGUGGUUCUAUCAGCGCAGACUGGACUCUUUGCAGAAAGUGAUGCAUUUGCUGUUUCCAUGAAUAACCAAGCAUAGCCCCUGGCUUUGAGGAAACCUUGGUCAGCACUCUGCGUGCGUAUUUACUGCAGUAAACGUAAGUUCAAUUUAUUUUAGCCCACCUGCGGUUAUAUUCCCUAACAGUUGGCAUGUUGGCGGUAUGCCAGAAGAAAAUCCCUCCAAUUAAGAGUACAAAGCACAAAGGAACAAGGGUGGAUCUUAGUCCCCCCCUCCGUGGCGCGGUCAGCAUUAUCGGGUGCACAUCAGCUGUUUGCUGCAAACCUGGUACGAGGAGGCGCUGGAAAGGCAUCUUAACAUGACCCUCCAGCCCGUGAGGACCGGUCCAUUAUCACAGCCUGCCGUGGAACAUUAUUGAUGUGGAACAGACAGCUAGUCUCCUGGACGCAGAAUAGUUUAUUAUCCUGUUUUAUCCGUAGUGAGAGAGACCUCUUCAGGGAACAGAGUUUACGUUCUCUAAGCUGUAACAUGGUCCUAUGAAUUCUGCUGCCCUGACGUGAGGUUGGUUCCAGUAGUAAAGUGCUUGGGGAAAACAAUCAGAGGUGCACACUUGGAAAAGGUGCACACUUGGAGUGUGUUGUGUAUUCCACAAGAUUUAGGCUGAACCUUUUUUUGCACGGUGUGAGAAGUAGAGAACCAUCUGACAGCACAGCACAGAGCCCUCACCUGAGCAGUACGAAUGAUUUCAGUCAAGGCUCUUUGAUGGUAUGAAUGGAACAGCCAAAAGGCUUGUUAUGGGUGUGGCUACAUGUGGCUGGUAUAAAUUUGUGUCCCAGCCCUGCCCCCAAACUGAAUCACAUCCUCAUAUCUUGCCACAGAUGUGCACCUACUUCAGUCUGUUUUUAAAUACCGUCUCCGUGACGUGACUUCUGCAACUCGCCCCCACCCACCCCCACCUCCUUGCAAGUGCACUUUUUUUUUUUUUUUUUGGACUUUAUAUACUGUACCUAUAUAACUGUAAGACUUAUAGUAAAUCAAAUGUAUACUGUAGGAAUAAUUCAAGAAGGGAUCCUUACUUACUAAAGAACAACUGAGAUUGGUCCGAUGUAAUUUCAGGAAUCCAAAAUGAAGGAAUACACUGUGUGGCAUACACGUAUAUCAGUAGACACCCUGUUCAGUUCCUACUCAUAUCCACCACCUGAUCUGACCUGUCUGGGUUUUACAAAGGCAUUUGUUAACAGGGUGAGGUGUUGGAGGUGAAUUCUGCAGCAGGCCGGAUCUCCAGGAGCGAUGUUGGGACUGGCGUACGCUACGUGCGCUGGGCAAAGAGAUGUGCAAAUACAAUUGUGGCAAGUGGUUUAAUUCCCAGAGCGCCUUUGGCAAAGAACCUAGCCUCAUUUCCAGCUGUAUGAUUGUGCGAAGGUGGAACUGGAAGUGGCAGUUUCCUCAGGACUGCGGGGGCUUCGCGUCUGAAACUGCUGUGUCGUUCUUCUUCAUCUUUUGUCGAAACUACUCACGGUGAAUAAAGGCCGGACACCGAUGGCUACACCAAGCUGUCUUAUUUUAAUAUGGCACACAUGCUUAGGCAGAGGGAUCUCAAGUUGUUCCUGUAAAUGAACAUUUAGUUCUUUAUAUGUGAAUCUGAUCUUGAGGCGGACACUUGAUGUUCUGCUGUCUAACUAUAAGGAUUUGUAUGUUUUAUUUUGCGGAGCUGG